AUGACAUCUUCUGUAUCACAAUGGUCUCCUGAAGGAAGUGUUCCUGAAAGCAUUCGCAAAUUGCUUCCUAACAUUAAGUCCAAUGUUGGUCCCCAAUCUGCGCUUGUAUUUAUUCAGAUUGUAUCUCUUUUAAAGAGUCAAAGACGUACUGGUUGGGUUGAUAGAGGACUCCCCAGUUCGCAAGUUGAGUCGAUUUCUGACCAUAUGUACCGUAUGGGAGUUAUCCUGAUGCUUCUUCCUCGAGAGAAGGUGGAUGUUGAUAGAUGUGUUAAAAUUAGUUUAGUACAUGAUAUUGCCGAAUCACUUGUAGGUGAUAUACCGCCAUAUAGUGGAGUUACAAAGGAAGAGAAGCAUAGAAGAGAAAGAGUCACCAUUGAAUAUUUGGCUGAUCUUAUUCAUGAAUAUAACCCUAAGUUUGCAAACGAAAUGGCUGACCUCUGGUGGGAUUACGAAAGUAUUCGCACUCCGGAGGCACGUUAUGUUAAAGAUAUUGAUAAAUUUGAAAUGAUUCAACAAGCCUGGGAAUAUGAACAAGCACAUGGUUUGAAAUACGACUUGUCGGAGUUUUACAAUAGCAGACUGGGAAUUGUGUCUCCAGAAAUUGGAGAGCUUUGUGAUGAAGUCAUCCGUCAAAGAACUGCAUUUAUUGAAGCACAUAAAUAA